AGAGCGCGGAGAGAGAGAGGCUGCAAUCUCCUCCCUGAAUCGCGCACAGCGCUGCAGAUCCCUCUGCUCCAACACGCGGGCCGAAUGCAGGUGAGGGAAGGCACGGACUCUGCGGCUGAGAAUCCAAACUUGGGCACCGCGCGGUGCGCACGGUUCGACUGUAGCCCCUACGGGCGGAUGGUUGCUGCGGUUUCAGGCGGUGGCUUCGUGACUAAUGACCUUGCGCAGAGUUGUUAAGAAAAAAAGAGAAACCCGAGCUCUCCGGGGUGAGGAGCGACCGACUCUCGGCGUCUCUGAAGAUGGCUCGGGCUGCUCUUUGGCGCGCCGGGGGCACCCGAUCGCAGACCAGGCAGUGACUCGAGGCGUCUUCGCUGCACCUUGCCCGGAGCGACCUGCCGUGAAAUUUUUCAUUCAACAUAUGUUGAGUGGCUUCCCGGCAGCUUAAGAGGAGUCAGAGUUGAGACUGGCUUGUUGCUGGCCCCGGAGUCUCUUGCAGGAAGCGGCUCACGUUUGUCUGGAGCUCCGGAGCCUAAACAGAAACUGGGUCUAGAGUGAGUGGCUGGAACGUGAAUUGGACUUAACUCCAGUAAGGACUAGCCCGGCUGGCAGGCGGGGAAGGCUGCAGGUUUGCUCCACUCCUCUUCUAGACUACACUGCUCUCUUGCGGAAGCUGUUCCGGCCCCUUUCCCAGAGCUUUGGGGACUGGAUGUCAGGAUAUUCCCGCUGCAGGGAUGACUUUGUGGAGACACCGAGUCCGUGGCGCGCAGUGUCCCGUGAACUGUAAGUACUGCGAGUGAACGGUGGCUGGCGAGAGGGCGAUUAGCACCCAUUGCAUGAAUUAUGAAACAAUAACUUUCGGAAGAAGCAGGAGGAGAAAAAAAGAAGCAUCUAUAGCUGCCCCCUCCCAUCGGUCGAUUCUACACGCUACUCUGGCCCCCUCCCUCCCCUCCCUCUCGUUUCUUCCUUUCCCGGAGAGGAGGAACGAGGGGAGGGCAGGCGGCCAGCCCCGGAGGAGGGGGGUUCCAAGGGGGGUUGUGGUUAGAAGGAGCAGUAGCAACAGCAGCAAGAGAAGAUGCUGAGGAUGCGGACUACGGGAUGGGCGCGCGGCUGGUGCUUGGGCUGUUGCCUCUUUCUGCCGCUCUGCUUUAGCCUGGCCGCCGCCAAGCAGCUGCUCCGGUACCGACUGGCGGAGGAGGGCCCCGCCGACGUGCGGAUCGGCAAUGUGGCCUCGGACCUGGGCAUCGUGACCGGCUCGGGCGAGGUGACUUUCAGCCUUGAGUCUGGCUCUGAGUACCUGAAGAUUGACAACCUCACCGGCGAGCUGAGCACCAGCGAGCGGCGCAUUGACCGAGAGAAACUGCCCCAGUGUCAGAUGAUCUUCGACGAGAAUGAGUGUUUCUUGGACUUCGAGGUAUCCGUGAUAGGGCCAUCGCAGAGCUGGGUGGACCUGUUUGAGGGUCGGGUCAUCGUGCUGGACAUCAACGACAACACGCCCACCUUCCCGUCACCGGUGCUCACCCUCACGGUGGAAGAGAACCGGCCUGUAGGAACACUCUACCUGCUGCCCACGGCCACCGAUCGUGACUUCGGUCGCAAUGGAAUCGAGCGCUACGAGCUGCUCCAGGAGCCCGGGGGUGGUGGUGGCGGCGGGGAAGGAAGACGCUCGGGGCCGGCGGACAGCGCCCCCUACCCAGGGGGCGGCGGGAACAGCGCGAGCGGCGGCGGCCCUGGAGGCUCCAAGCGCCGGCUGGAGGUGCCUGAGGGUGGCGGCGGAACCGGUCCUGGUGGCCGAAGCAGUGUGUUCGAGCUGCAGGUGGCAGACACCCCAGACGGCGAGAAACAGCCGCAACUAAUAGUGAAGGGGGCGCUGGACCGGGAACAGCGAGACUCCUACGAGCUGACCCUCCGAGUGCGCGAUGGGGGCGAUCCACCUCGGUCCUCACAAGCCAUCUUGAGGGUGCUCAUCACCGACGUGAAUGACAACAGCCCCCGCUUCGAGAAGAGCGUUUAUGAGGCUGACCUGGCUGAGAACAGCGCUCCAGGCACCCCCAUCCUGCAGUUGCGCGCCGCCGAUUUGGACGUGGGGGUCAAUGGACAGAUCGAAUAUGUAUUUGGGGCCGCUACCGAGUCGGUAAGAAGGCUACUGCGUCUGGAUGAAACGUCCGGUUGGCUCAGUGUCUUGCACCGUAUUGACCGCGAGGAAGUGAAUCAGCUGCGAUUCACAGUCAUGGCCCGUGACCGUGGGCAGCCCCCCAAGACCGAUAAGGCCACCGUGGUCCUCAACAUCAAAGAUGAGAACGACAACGUUCCCUCCAUCGAAAUUCGCAAGAUAGGACGUAUCCCACUUAAGGACGGGGUGGCCAACGUGGCCGAGGACGUCCUGGUGGACACGCCAAUCGCCCUGGUGCAGGUGUCCGACCGAGAUCAAGGCGAGAACGGGGUAGUCACCUGUACGGUAGUGGGAGAUGUGCCUUUCCAGCUUAAGCCGGCCAGCGACACAGAGGGCGAUCAGAACAAGAAAAAGUACUUCCUGCACACGUCGGCCCCACUGGACUAUGAGACCACCCGGGAGUUCAACGUGGUCAUAGUAGCUGUGGACUCUGGCAGUCCUAGCCUCUCCAGCAACAAUUCCUUGGUGGUCAAAGUGGGAGACACCAAUGACAACCCUCCUGUCUUUGGUCAGUCUGUCGUUGAGGUUUACUUUCCAGAGAACAACAUUCCAGGUGAGAGGGUAGCCACCGUGCUGGCGACAGACGCUGACAGUGGGAAGAACGCAGAGAUUGCUUACUCGCUGGACUCCUCAGUGAUGGGGACUUUUGCCAUAGAUCCCGAUUCUGGGGACAUCCUGGUCAAUACAGUCCUGGACCGGGAGCAGACUGACAGGUAUGAGUUUAAAGUUAAUGCCAAAGACAAAGGCAUUCCUGUGCUGCAGGGCAGCACCACGGUGAUUGUACAGGUGGCUGAUAAAAACGACAACGAUCCUAAGUUUAUGCAGGACGUCUUUACCUUUUACGUGAAGGAAAACUUGCAGCCCAACAGCCCUGUGGGAAUGGUCACCGUGAUGGAUGCCGACAAGGGACGGAAUGCGGAGAUGAGCCUGUACAUAGAGGAGAACAGUAACAUUUUUUCUAUUGAGAAUGACACAGGGACCAUUUACUCCACAAUGUCUUUUGACAGGGAACAUCAGACUACAUACACUUUCAGAGUGAAGGCUGUGGAUGGGGGAGAUCCUCCCAGAUCGGCCACAGCCACAGUCUCCCUCUUUGUGAUGGAUGAAAAUGACAACGCUCCCACGGUUACCCUUCCCAGAAACAUUUCCUACACGUUGCUGCCACCUUCAAGUAAUGUCAGGACAGUAGUAGCGACAGUGCUGGCCACAGACAGUGACGAUGGCAUCAAUGCGGACUUGAACUACAGCAUUGUGGGAGGGAAUCCUUUCAAGCUGUUUGAGAUUGAUCCCACCAGUGGCGUGGUUUCUUUAGUAGGGAAACUCACCCAAAAGCACUAUGGCUUGCAUAGGCUGGUUGUGCAAGUGAAUGACAGCGGCCAGCCUUCCCAGUCCACUACAACUUUGGUGCAUGUAUUUGUCAAUGAAAGUGUUUCCAAUGCAACAGUGAUUGACUCUCAGAUUGUCCGAAGUUUGCACACUCCGCUCACCCAGGAUAUAGCUGGUGACCCAAGCUAUGAAAUUAGCAAGCAGAGACUCAGUAUUGUCAUUGGGGUGGUUGCUGGCAUUAUGACAGUGAUUCUAAUCAUUUUAAUCGUCAUGAUGGCCAGAUAUUGCAGGUCCAAAAAUAAAAAUGGCUACGAAGCUGGCAAAAAGGACCACGAGGACUUUUUUACACCCCAACAGCAUGACAAAUCUAAGAAGCCUAAAAAGGACAAGAAAAAUAAAAAAUCUAAGCAGCCACUCUACAGCAGCAUUGUCACUGUCGAAGCUUCUAAACCAAAUGGACAGAGGUAUGAUAGUGUCAAUGAGAAGCUGUCUGACAGCCCAAGCAUGGGCCGAUACAGAUCAGUUAAUGGUGGGCCUGGCAGUCCCGACCUGGCAAGGCAUUACAAAUCUAGUUCCCCCUUGCCAACUGUCCAGCUUCACCCCCAGUCACCAACUGCAGGGAAAAAACAUCAGGCUGUACAAGAUCUACCACCAGCCAACACAUUUGUGGGAGCAGGAGACAACAUUUCCAUUGGAUCAGAUCACUGCUCUGAGUACAGCUGUCAAACCAAUAACAAGUACAGCAAACAGCCAUUUCGUAGAGUGACGUUUUCUGUUGUGAGUCAGCCUCAGGACCCACAUCAGGGGUCACUGCAGAGUUGCUAUGACAGCGGGCUGGAGGAGUCAGAAACACCAAGCAGUAAGAGCUCGUCAGGGCCAAGACUGGGUGCCCUUCCACUCCCAGAGGACAACUAUGAAAGGACCACGCCGGAUGGCAGUGUUGGUGAGGCAGAGCAUAUGGAAAAUGAUUCAAGGCCUCUUCCGGAUGUAGCUCUGACUGGCAAGUGCACCCGUGAAUGUGAUGAGUAUGGCCACUCAGACUCCUGCUGGAUGCCAGUGCGCACUUCCCCUGAGAGGAAGAAGAGCCAGCCCAAACUCUCCACUUUCAUGCCUGUCGAUGAACGAGGAAGCCAGGAAAAGCUGGCCAAUGGCGAAGCUGCCAUCAUGGGUGAUCGCAACAGAAACCUCCUGAACAAAAAGUUGACCUCAUCCUACGAGACCUUCAGUGCAGCUAGUUUCAGCAAAAGUGAGGAAGCCAACCCUGAGGAUAUUCCUUUAACAAAAACAGGGGAAUAUAAGCCAUCUCCUGUCAACACUCUCACUAGAAGAGAAGUUUACCUGUAGGCUGUCAAGGAGCGACAGCAAAGUUCUUUUCAUGUAUGAGGAGAGUUAAGGGCAAAACCAUUACAAAGUAAAACCAUUUAAUCACAAGGAGGGGGCUACCAAAGAGACAAAGCUUUCCUGCCACUUUCGCCUCCAAAUCAGGCCUUUAGUGAUAUUGUUUGCCUGAUAACGAUGUACAAAGUAGAAUCCAUUCUUGUCACUUGCAUGUCUACACCCUUCACUGAGCCCCAACAUCCACUCUCUUUUUCCUACCCCUCCCCAAAUAACAACAACAAAAAAAGAUGAUUGCAAGUUCUUUUCAUGGUAACAAGUCUGAUUAGCAGAACACAGCACACCCUCAUUAUCCCCAAUCUGAAGCAUGAUUUUGGUCACUUUGAGUUAUUUGAGUGUCAUCUGACCGACUAAGAAAUGCAGGACCGGUGAAAAUAUACUUCAGACAUGAGAUUAACAAUUUAUUAUUGUGACAGUCAGCCCUUUGGAAUUAAUAAUAAUCCCUUUAAUGGUGCAGUCUUUAUAUAGGGGACCUUUUUGAAAAAGUUGAUAAGGAAGACUACAGCUUUAAUAAUUAAACAAAAAUUAAGAGCAAAGUAAAACUCAGUGGGAGAAUGCAGUCCCAAGAUGCCAUAUGUUAUUAUUAUUUUCAGGUCAAGGGCAUUCACUUCUUUUCCAUACAUUCACAGAUUAUACUCACCCAGUCUUGACACAUCAAUUACAUGAAUUAUGACUUGCAAAAUAUGUUUUGGAAUAGAAUCACUAAUGAAUGAACUUGAACUAUUAUGUCAUUAUGAGGCCAAAGAUCACACGACAGAUCAGGGAUGUAAUGAGGUUGAUUUGGUCUUGACAUAGAAAUCCACUAAACAACAGAAGCAACGGUAUCCAUUUAGACACAGAUACACUCAGAUAUUAACCUGUUUUAUAUUAACUCUUUUCCCAGGAAAAAGUCUCAUUUGAAAAUGCAUUUUAGUUGAAUGCUCAAAAAAAUAAAGAACUAAUGAAUCACAAGUUUAGUAUGAUAGGCAACUGAUCAAAGCCCAAGUCUAGUCUCAUAUGAUACUGUCAGGGAAGGUUCUACUUUUUAAAGUCAUAUUGAUGCAUAGUGAGAUAUGGAAAGACACACUGGAAUUUGAUUUUAGGAGGUCUCCUAUUGUCAUUUUAGGAUCCCAGCUUUUCUUGAUGAUCCUAUUGUCCUUUCUAAAUUAUUGCGUUUUUUCACUUGGUCAGAACAGAAGUGCAUUAAUUUCUAAUUCUGUGCAAUACAGAAACAUUUUGAGACAACAUUUAAGUAAUAUAACCCCUUGAUUGACUUUGAUUAGAAUAUUAUUUGAUAUGCACCUUAAACAAUCUCUACACAAGAAAGACUGAGUCCUGGACAGUAAUAUUUAUCACACUAUAUGCAUCUCAAAUUUGUAAAAUAUGUAGAUUUGUCAAGGGAUACAGAAUAUGCAGAUUUUGAGAUCUUUGCUCUAUGCAAGAUGAUUUUUAAAAACUGAAAUUUGAGCUGGGACAUUCGGAAGAAAGUGACAAUCCGUGGAAAGAAAAGGGGAUGCCAGGUAAAGAGGACAAAUGUUCUCAUCACGGAAUGUUGGUACCUUGGUAAAGGCAUAGCCUUGAUGACUUUCUACAAAACUGUAGAGACACUGUAGCUUUGGGUAGUUUCAUGCUUUGCAGAAAUUCUUAGACUCUAAGGUGAAGAAACCUAGGCUAUAGGUUCAUAAUUCACAGUAGGUCAUCAAAACACUUUGUCUUUGAGGGAUAUUUCUCUGGUGGAUCUUUUGGGAUCAUUUCCUUAUGCUCUUUCUUAAGUGGAAUUUUCCUUUUGAUGUUAGUUUAUGUAUAAUAGGUAGAAUGAAACAAGAUGUAAUUGAGAUUAAAAAACAUUGGACUAAAAUAUCAAUAAUUGAACAUGCUUAUGUUUGGUUAUGAUUUACACUAUGGAAAGAUUAAAUUUUAGAACUUUGUUAGAAAACUGCAUUCAAGCAGUUCUGCCUUGUAUAAUCUGUAAGUACCUAUUAAGACAAAAUACUUCUAAAGAUACUUAUGAAAAUGUAUACAUAUUUUUCUUGCACGUGACAAAGGAAAUAGUUGCAUAACACUGAUGUUCAACACUUUUUUAUAUGCAUAUUUCUUUCUUUCAUGGGACACUUGAAGCUACUAGAUAGCUCAUUUCACUCUUAAAUCCUUUGGUUGUCUAUUAAGCUAAUACAGGUCACACUGGACCUACAGAUUUAUUCAAUCCACAUUCCACAAUGAUGUUUGCACCACAUGCCAGGCAGCCAUGUCAUUGUCAUUUAACGUGUGAACCUCUCUUUAGAACUAAAAUGGAUGUGAAAGAAUAAAACUCAGUGUACUGUAAGUAUUUGAAGUAAUUCUAGUAGAAUUAGUUAUCAUAACAUGUUUAUUAUAUAAUGAGCUGGCAUGACACAGAAAUAUAUUUUGUGUUUGUAUGACUUUUAUUUUGAAUAGGUUAAAUCUGGUGCCACUCCAUAUAUAGAGUGCUUUUGAAAAAAAAAUAAAAACAAAAAAAUAAAUAAAUGAGUGAAUGCAAAAUAAGCAACUGUGCCUUUUAUACCUCUUGUUAUGGUAAAAAACAAACAAACAAACAAAUGGUUGUUGGGUUUGGAUAUUGAGGGGAAAGGGGCUAUUCCCAACUUUUUUGAUCCUGUAUAUUUAUCCAUGUUUAUUUUCUGAGAAUAAAUAAUAUAUUAAAAAUUUGCCUUCUGACAAACUCGGAUAAUAGACCAGUCUUAAAUAUUGUUCAUUCAUAAGAUAGGAUUCAGGCAUUAAUAUGGGGCUGCUUAAAUCUCACUGGACAAUGAAAUCAUUGGUUUUACAAUCACAUAGGAAAGUGUUAUCAGGGGUGAAAUGAGUCCAUUUUGCAAGGUAGAAUGUUGAUUUAGAAAUCUUAUUUUUUCAUUUUUUUAGGUGUUCUUUAAUUUUUGGUUGUAUAGUAUAUAAACUCUCCUUGUUUUCUGUACACAAACUCUCAAGUGGACUUCUGCAUGAUUAUACAUUAGGACACACUUACAAAUUGAGUAACUGUAAAAACGUAUGUGUAUUUAAAUGUCUGCAGCAUCUGUUUAAAGUCAACUGCUCUGUCUGAAUCUCCAGAUACUAUUGUUGUCUGAUUUUUUGACUGGCCUGUUGUCUGAGUUUUAAAAACAAAGGAGGCAUUAUUUUUAUGAGAGGAAGAACUAAGGUGGAACACAGGAUGUGUGCCUGAAAGGCUACCCUGGGGAGGCCGGGUUAGAGGAAAAUAAAAAGGAAACACACAGGCCAGAGAGAAAUUGCCAGGAAUCAAACAGCCAUCUUGAAACAGUUGGGAGAAAUCUUAAGACCUAUGACAUUUCAAAUGAUAGGUUAUGUUGAUCAUAAAUAAAUAGCUGCAUCCUUAAGAUAAUAAAUAAAAAGGAGAAAAGUUCAACAGGAAUAUGAGGAAGCUUGUGGGUGGUGUGUGUGAGACAUCUGGAUGCAGCGCCAUUCGUUCAGCUACCUAGGGUUUACUUUCAGACUACGUGUCUUACGUUUUAAAGCACUUGCAUUCCGUGUGGUACGAUCUGUUUGUAAUGUUAAUCACUGACUAUUGUUCUGCUACUUGGAUGUUGAUAGUGAAGCAGAGAACAAUUAAUCAUCAUUGACUAUGUCACUAUGCACGCGACUUUGCUAAACAUGGCGAAAUGUAUUAAACACUCGUCCAACUAUUUAUGAAAUCCUUUACAUAAUUUAAUUUGCUUUUGUACAGUUUUAUGUAAAUAAAUUGCUUGUCAUUUUUGUCUUUACAAAUUAAAAUAUAACAUGAUCAAAUGGUU